AAACCGUAGCAUAUAGAUUCAAAAACAAAGUACAUCAACAGGUACUAGUAAAAGACAAUUUCGAAUUUAAAAAAAUGACAAACACCUUGGCGCAAACAUCUUGAACUUCAGACUCCCCGUACAACCUUUCAGUUCUUCCACUUCCUUCGUACAGAGCUCGGUUUCGUUUUCUCCUUCAACAACAGCCACCAGAGAGUAGCAUUCUUCCAUCUCCUUCCUUUACCAUGUCUAAACGUCCUACUAUUUCUUUAGAGAAAAGUCAAGCAAGUGGGAUAGUUGUACAGGCAUCAGUUGUUACGCAUGUGUCUGAAGCAGAAUAUGAUAUUCAGGUCCCUUCCUUGUCUCCAUUAGUUGACGACUCAAGUUUUCCCACAAUGAAGAUAACUAUAAGGAACGCAUUGAAGGCUUUUCAAAAGAUAAUGAAAAAAUGGCUUAAAGAAUUUCCAGAGAUAAUGUAUGCAUUUAGAAGAUGUGUUUUUGGUGCAUAUUUGGAUAUUAAUUUCAUCCCUGUUCCAUCAUUGUUGUGGCCAAUGUUGUCCAAAAUAGCCACAAUUGAAAGGAAUUUGGGUGCUUGGUUUGCCGUGAAUGGAGUGCCAAUCCGCUACUCUAUCACAGAGUUUGCUUUGAUUAGUGGGCUUAACUGUAGCUCCCUUGAUGUGGAGAGUUAUGAAGAGAAUUGUGAUGAGGAUGCGAAAUCUGAAUUCAUUGAGAAACACUUUGAUGGAAUUGUAAGCUAUGACGCAGUUCAAGAAAGAUUUGUGCAAUUAUGCAAAAAUUUGAAGCACACAGAUGAAGCUUUGAAAAAGGAAGCUCAUGAAGAAGUGUUGAGACUAGCAAAGCUCAUGUUUGUAGUCAUGGUUCUUGUAAGGACCGUUUAUUUCCGUCUCCGGCUCAGGUCUUUCAACACACUCUCACACACCACACUAAGAGGAGGCUAUAGCACACAACUCUCUACUCUCCAC